CUUUUGAGCCACAGUUGUCUGUGGUGACUGGUUCAACUGUAAUUCGGCAGCAUGUGGCAGCUGCUGCCACCAGCGGCUCUGCUACUUCUAGUUUCAGCUGGCAUGCAAGCAGCAGAUCUCCCAAAGUCUGUGGUGCUCCUGGACCCACCAUACGACAGGGUGUUGACAUUUGACAAUGUGAUUCUGAAGUGCCAGGGGAAAGACCCCUUUGGGAACAGUUCCACAGAGUGGUUGCACAAUGGCAAGCCCAUCUCUGCCAAGUCCUCCAGCUACUUCUUCACAGUGGACAGUGUUAAUGACGGCGGAGAAUAUAGGUGUCGGGAUGACUUCUCCUCAUUCAGUGACCCUGUGCACUUGACAGUCCGUACUGGUUCGUUGUUGCUCCAGUCUCUUCAGUGGGUAUUCCAAGUGGGGGAACCCAUUCAACUAAGAUGCCACACCUGGAAGAACAAAACGGUGACCAGGCUCUCAUAUUUACGGAAUGGCGUCGUCAAGAAAUUUUCUCACAACUAUUUUGACUUCUACAUUCCAGAAGCAAAACAAGAACACAAUGGCUCCUACUUCUGCAGGGGGAUUGUCGCAGGGAAUAACGUGUCUUCAGAAACAGUCCACAUAUUUGUUCAAGAAGGAAGGCACUACAGCAACGGGACGGGUGAAGCAAUUCCAUCCACCCGAACUGACUUUAUAUCUUGGCAAAUCACUAUCUUCCUGGUGGUGGGAUUCCUGUUUGCAGUGGACACAGGACUCUACUUCUUUGUGUGGAGAGACCUUCGAAGCUCAGUGGAGAUCAGGAGGGAUAUCAACGUCAGAGCCAAGACCCUCAUGACAUAUGACCCCUGAUCCCAUGGGGAUAAUAAAAAGAGCAUCUUCGGGCCUCUCUCUAGAAUCACAACCUUACCAUCCCCAACAAGCCCUUCUGGGAACAGCAGGAAAACUACACCUCAGAGUCUAAGCUGAGGGUCUAUCAUCCAACUUUUCUCUUGGCUUCCUAUGGAGAGGAGGAGGAUGUGUCUGUGGUCUUCAAUGCCAUGAGUGAAACCCCAGUGAGCCACUAGCCCCAUUAUCAGGAAUUGAAGAGAUUCUCGGAGAUAUAUUGUUUGUCUCAACCAUUCACAGCAAAGCAACAGCACAGCACAGCCUCUGGACAGCAGACCCGUGAUGUAUGGACAUGAUUCUUCAGAAAUGGAUGUGUAGAUAAGGGAACAAAAGGUUUAGGACUGCUGGACAGUGACCUGCAUGUGUUGCUACAAAGCUGGGUGCCUUCAAGGGUAAUGUUGGGAUUCUAGGAGAGACAGAAAGAGGAAGGGAGUGGUUGGAAAAAAAGCAGGAGUCAGGGCAGGCCAUAAAGGACCCUUUCCUGGGCUGUCUUCCUAGAAUAUGAGACAAAGUGGAGGGAAUGAAGGUGUGGAGAAGUAGCUGGCUACAGAGCUGGCCUGCAGGAGCUGGAUGCAAGCUGGCUGACAAGAACUGGUUUUAAAGUAACAGACUGGCCGCCCGUAGCCUCUGCAGCGCCGGUUCAAUCCCCAGCUGCUCCCCGGCCACCAGAGGAGGGUCCCACGUGGCGCACAGACCUCUCCUGCCGCCCGCUGCUCUCAGCGGUGUGCUUCCGCUCUGCUCCCCGCUCUGGCUCUGGUGAAUUCUCUCACCCUC